AUUAAGACUAAUUAAAUACGACCACUCUGCCGUCCGAGAGCGAGUGGGUGAGUGAGACUAAUUGGACUGCACACUGUCUUCUAGUCUCGCUCAUACUCAGUCAAAUACGCGAGCGAGCGAUUCACAUUCACUUAGUAGUAGUCCAGAGCCAGCCUGCAAUUUUCCCAAAGCUGCUCAGCUCAACUCAACUCAACUCAACUGUCUCCUUUCCGGCGGAAGAGAAAUGGCCAAGGACAUCGGAUUCUUCCAAUUGAGCACCGGAGCUAAGAUGCCGUCGGUGGGUCUCGGCACUUGGCAGGCUGAACCCGGCGUUGUCGGUGCCGCCGUCGAGGCCGCCAUCAAGAUUGGUUACCGCCAUAUCGAUUGUGCUCGGGCUUAUAACAACGAGAAGGAGAUUGGCGAGGUCUUCAAGAAGCUCUUUCAAGAUGGUGUGGUGAAGCGCGAGGAAUUGUUUAUUACCUCAAAGCUCUGGUGCAACGCUCAUGAUCCAGAAGAUGUUCCAGUAGCACUGGCAACCACUUUGGCAGAGCUACAGCUUGAUUAUGUUGAUCUCUAUCUUAUUCACUGGCCAGUGAAAAUGAAGAGAGGAGCUGCUGGGUUUGCAUCGGAGAACCUUGUUCAACCAGACAUCCCCAGCACAUGGCGAGCAAUGGAAGCACUCUAUGAUACAGGUAAAGCUCGUGCUAUUGGGGUCAGUAACUUCUCCAUCAAGAAACUGGGAGCUCUGUUGGAGUUGGCUCGUGUACCUCCUGCGGUGAACCAAGUGGAAUGCCAUCCAGCAUGGCAGCAGCCCAAACUACGUGCAUUUUGUCACUCCAAGGGCGUUCACCUAUCAGGGUACUCUCCACUGGGAUCUCCUGGAACCACAUGGAUCAAGGGGGAUGUCCUCAACAAUCCAAUCCUGACCAGUGUUGCAGAGAAGCUCGGGAAAACUCCGGCACAGGUGGCACUGCGGUGGGGCCUGCAAAUGGGUCAUAGUGUGCUGCCAAAGAGUACAAGUGAAACAAGGAUCAAGGAGAACGCCCAAGUCCACGGCUGGUCUAUCCCUGACGACUUAUUUGCUAAAUUCGCUGAAAUUGAACAGGCGAGGCUUUUGAAGGGAACUGGAUUCGUUCACGAGACUUACGGCGCAUACAAGAACAUUGAGGAAUUGUGGGACGGUGAACUCUGAAUUACACAGCUAAAAGUGCAAAUGCGUGCAUUUAAGGCAGUGGUGAACUUGUGCGAUCUACUACAGCCCCAGGCAGUAGAUGCUUCUCUAGGUUGUCUUUGAUUAUAUGCUUAAGAACUUGAGUUGAAUUGUUGGUUGAUUACAUUGGUGGUGACUUUAAGGAUUGCCUGAAUCCUAAAUCUACCGCUCUGGAAGUUGAUUGAUCUGUGAUGAUUGCAGUACUAUUUCUUUAUGGGAACAUGAAUUGAAUUACUUACAUGGUUAAUUUUCCAAGUCAGCAGACUAA